CCUAAAUCGUUCUAAUUCUUCCACUUACACCGUCAUUUUAACACGUAGGUUGUCAGCGGGUGCUAAAUGGAAAACGGUAACAUCCCUAACACUUUGCACAAACAGACAACCGUUAUCGCCCACUUUAUUUAUACAUGAUUGACAUGUCUACUCACAUUUCGUGACCAUUUCUAUUGGGAUUAGGACUAGUGAAACGGAUACUCACAUUUUAGUGGUUACAAAUGACAGAGGAGUAGGUUUUGUCGGUUAGUUGUUGUGUCACGUUGAAAAGAGAAGCAUCUAGUUAUACAAUGUUAUCAAGAAAGUGGUGGUUAGUUUUGUCAGCGUUAGUGGUAGCUGCUGCGGCCACGAACAUCCAUAGGUUUGACCAGGACGAUAUCGAUGGAGAAGACGACGAGGGCUUCGAUGAGUACGAUGAAUUUGAGAAUAACAACGUCACUAGUGUCGGCGGAAGAAAGGGAAAAAUAUUGUUUCCUUUCGUGAGUAUUGUGCGGUUCGCGAACACGGAGUGCUCGACUGCCAACUCUAUGAACGGCACGUGCCUCGCGCGGCGGGAAUGUAACAACCUUAACGGUACCAUCACGGGCACCUGCGCCACGAGGAGAGGACGGUGCUGCGUCGUGUCCCGUACUUGUGGAACUACGACAAAUGUGAACAACACUUAUUUCACGAGCCCCGGCUAUCCGGCCGCGUAUGCCGGUGGUCCGGCCUGUUCCAUGAUCGUAAACCGUUGCAACGCCAACAUCUGUCAGCUCCGUAUAGAUUUCCUGGAUCUGGUGCUAGCACAGCCUGAUGGUGACGGGAACUGCGUGACAGACUCCAUAUCAGUGACAGGAGGGAACACCAUUGUGCCACUGCUAUGUGGUGACCUCACCGGCCAGACUAUCUUCGUGGACUUCAACGGGAACACGGCCAUCACCAUCGUGGUCACUGCGACACUCGCGACCACCUUCGCUAGGAGGUGGAACAUUAGGCUGGUUCAGCUUGGAUGCGACUGUCCUGGAAUAGCGCCAAACGGUUGUCUCCAAUACUACACUGGAAUAACGGGAACUAUAAACAGCUUUAACUAUGGGACCGCAGCGAACACAGUGCUCAGCGCCUCCCUGGUGACAGGCACGCGGCAAAUUGUCAACUUGAACUAUGGCAUAUGUAUCAGAAUGGAGGCCGGCUACUGUGCCAUACAAUAUUCACAGGUUGCAGGAGAUGCAUUCUCAUUUACAUUGACGGGAGACGUGGAAGGCGCUGAUAACACGGUACUGGGCACCCAGCUGGGCGCAGUGAACGGCGCCAACUGUCUCACCGACUUCGUGGUCAUACCCAACCCCACAGUAGUCGCCACCGCCUUAGCUGCAGGCACAGACCGCUUUUGCGGACUAGGCUUCGUUCCAGUGCAGAGUGGAGCUAAACCAUUUGUACUGUACGUGGUAACUAACGCUAACGAGGGCGCGACGGCCGCCACGCCGCCCGAUAUCGCCAACAGAGGAUUCUCGCUAACUUACACUCAGAUAGCCUGCUGAUCUAUCUACUUCAUGUACCUAUUGUAUCUCUACCUAUAAUAUUAUCAUAGAAUGUUUAAAAAAGCAGAGAUGCACCCCAAUGUACAAUGACAUAACAGUACAUAACAGUACAGAAGCACCACAAAAUCCAUAUAACGUAUACAUUAAUCACCGCAAUGCGUGUUCUCUCGAAUGGCUGUAGUGUUAUUAGGACAAAGUUCUAAGACAGAUAACUGACGCAUUUAUCGAGAACACUGGGAAGAAACUCCCAUGCGAAGCGGAGGUGGCAUCAUAAUAGAAAACUAUAUUAAAAGCAGAUCAUUUUACAAAAUACUUAAAAGCUUGUAUACGCUACUCAGGUUUCUAACAAAGUAACUUGCCCUGCGCUAUUGUAUACAAGACAAAGGCAGACUACUUACAAGGGUAGAAUCUUAAAAGCAUACAGAAGGCUAUUGUCUAAUGACGUAGAAAGCCAUUCGAAGUACUAUGCAAUACUAUAACAAGAUAUGUAUAGUGUAUAUCCUAUAUGUAUACGGUGUACGUAUAUGGUUAAUGCGUCAAUGUGUAGCAACUGCAACUGCAACUGGUUAGGGUUUCUUAUAAAAGGGUUAUUUGAAAGGAUGACUUUAAUGCAAGUCAAACGUUAUCGUUUUCUUUUCGAAUUGUCAUAAAAGUAUAAAUAUUAAUGUUUAAGU